AUGUGUUGCUCGCAGGACAUCUUUGGCGGCAGCGAGACGACAGCGCCGACCCUGGAGUGGGCCAUGGCGGAGCUCGUCCGGAACCCCAAGGUCAUGGAGCGGGCAACGGCGGAGGUGCGACACGCCUUUGCCGCUUACGGAUCAGUGCGGGAGGACAAGCUCGUGGAGGCGGAGCUACGGUACCUGCCCCUCGUCAUCCAGGAGACGCUCCUGCUGCACACGCCGCUGCCGUUCCUGAUCCCGCAGGAGUGCCAGGACCCCUGCCGCGUGCUGGGCUACGUCGUGCGCUACUGGCCGGGGGACCCCGACGCGUUCCGGCCGGAGCGGUUCGAGGCCGGCGGCGGAAGCGCAGCGGACUUCAAGGGCGUCGACUUCGAGCUCCUGCCGUUCGGGUCCGGGCGGAGGAUGUGCCCUGGCAUGGGCUUUGCGCUCGCCAACAUGGAGCUCGCGCUUGCCAGCCUCCUCUUCCACUUCGACUGGGAGGUGCCCGGCGCCGCCGAGCUCGACAUGACCGAGGCGUUCGGCCUCACCGCGCACCGGAAAUCCAGGCUCCUGCUCCGCCCCAUCCUCCGCGUUCCUGUGCCAGGCGUCUAGCCACCGCCGGCUCGCCGCCACCAAAGGAUGGAUUGCAUGCUGGGUUCAGACAGCCAGGAUUCGGGAAAUUGUUAUAGCCAGAACCUUAGCCUGUACGUGUUGGUUAGUGCGUGUCCAGCUAGUUGUUUCCAUUCUGUUUGGAUAAGGGGCACGAGCUCACGACCUGUGUGAUGCCGUGCAUGCUACUGUUAGGCGUGGCGAGAUUAGCUCGCUUCUGCCCGGGUCUUGGGCCACGGGAACGCUCUCGCGUACGGCGUCGUGGGGAUGGACACGACAAUGCUGUGCCCGAGGAAUGCGCUCGGACUUUGCUUUACCUUGUAAUCACCAAAUAAAGGGAAUAUACAGCACCGGAAAAGCUGUAGCUUGUUUAUUUGCAGCACCAAAUA